AUGUUGGACCACAUGUCCAGACGUUCUCGCUCCCUGCUCUCUCUCUUCUUCACCUCCCUUGCCCUUUCUUUAUCUGUGCUGGCAUUCUGCACAUCAUACUGGUGCGAAGGAACGCACAAGGUGGUUAAACCACUCUGCCUUUCACCUGUCAAGAUGAAGAACUGCGGCCAGAACAACAGCGAGCCUUACACUACAGAGAGCCCCACCCCAGAUUCCUGGGGCCCAUCCAAUAGAACAAUAUCACCAAAGCGAAGGGAGGAACUUGCUAAGAUUCGUCAGAGGCAACUGGCCAAUGCAGUCAGUUACAUCUGGGAGACAGGAGAGGACAAAUAUACCUUUCGAUAUUUCCACACAGGAUUUUGGGAAUCUUGUGAAAGACAUAUUGAUGGAGAAAGAUGUCGCAGGUUUAUGGAUCUUACCCCAGGAGAGACUCAUGGUGUUCUAUGGCUGUCAAUGAUUGCUGAGUUCAUGUACAUCAGUUUGUUAGGGAUGGGUUUUCUACUACUGUGGGUGGAGGUGAUGUGCUUUCGUAAAGAAAUGCAUGCGCUCAAAAUCAAUGCCUUCGCAGCAAUAUGCACUGUGCUCUCAGGGCUAUUGGGAAUGGUGGCUCAUAUGAUGUACACCACUGUAUUUCAGCUGACUGUAAUUGUGGGGCCCAAAGACUGGAGACCUCAGACGUGGGACUAUGGCUGGUCAUUUGCGCUGGCAUGGGUUUCUUUUAGUUGCUGCAUGGGUGCUGCAGUUAUGACCCUUAAUUCUUACACCAAAACAGUCAUUGAGCUCCAUCACCGGCAGAGGCUUCGACUAGAAGAGGCCCGUGCUACAAGCCAUGCUCCAUCUUAUGACGAGGUGGUCCCAGGUGGCGGGCUGUACUCUGUCAGUGGCCUAUUACAGUGCCCAGAUGGGAGGAUAGACUCUAUGUGGGCAUCAGAUGGGAGCAUGGGAAUGGUGAGAGAAGGCAAUGUGCCCACCCUGGUGCUAGUUGGUGGGUGUGGACCAGAUGCAUGUGAGGACUGUGAGAGAGAGAGGGAUCAGAUGAAGGAGGCCAUGAAGAGAACAGACUCUCCUUGCUAAAAGAGUGCAUUGUGAUGUGGGAUUACAUCUGAGUUCAUGAGCUGUAUUUACAACAAUGGCCUUGUAUGUUUUGCUUGCCCUGUUAAUUACAUUUUUUUAUGUUUUAUAGAGGAUAUUUUAAGGCAUGUACAGUAUGUGGCUGAAAUUCAGUCAGCAUGAGUAGAAAGAGGAGUUCAAGAGGUUUAGAGAGAUGGUAGGUGUGAGACAGGUGUUACCCAUAAAUCAAGCAAUAAAUGUAUUUCCAAGUGUAAGGAUUCUGGGAAAUUUCAUCUAUAUUUUGAAGAGUAUGAGUCUCUUG